GCUACUGAAACCACAACAGUCCGUGGGGAUGGAGUCUGUCUGUCCGGGGCUGUGCCGCAGCUCCCAGCGCUGCCUGCAGGGAGGGACCCGGCAGCAGCACCAUGUUCGCCACAGUGAGAUUCGGAGCCAACUGCCAAGAGAUGGUGAACCUGCUCUGCUCUGUCCAGACCCUCACAGGCCACCUGAAAUGGAAGUGCCAGUGCAGGCCUGAAGACUGCAUUGAUCUGAUGGAUGAAAAGGGCACCCUGAUGAACCUGAGCAAGGUGGAGGAUCCUGCAUCUGAAUAUGCCAGUAAACACCUGCAGGGAAGGCAGCGCUACAUCCUCCUCAGAGCUGUCCGAGAAGAAAACUCUGAAGCCAUCUGCUACGAAUCCUUGCUUGAGGACCUGGGGAAACACUACCCUGAGCUCCCAGCAGGGAAACAACUCUGGAGGGGCUUGGUCACCCCACAGAUCGGCUGCAGCAGCUCUCAGCAAAGACCCAGAGGACAGAGCAGAGGAAGAAGGGCUCCUUGCAGAGGGCUCAGCCUCACACCAGCACCCGAGCCAGGAACAGGAGCACCUCACAGAGCAAGAGGAGCCUGGAACACAAGAGCACCCCUAGAUGAGGGGCAGACCCAUCACUGGUGAGCACAGCCCCCACCAGGUUCUUAUUCCAGCACAGCAGAGCCCCCUGUACUGAGCCUCUCUCCCUGGGAUCUCCUGUCCCCCCCGAGAUUCACACAUCCCAAGCUGUGGCACCCUGGUUUUUUAAGAUUUUCUGAGCCUUCUGAUGUUGACAUUCUUGUAGUGAACUUUCUCACACACUUUCUGUAAAUAACUCAUUGUUUUGUAUUCCUUUAUGGAGGAGGAGAAAGUUGAUGGACUGUUGGUCUGUCCAGUGUGAUUGGAGAGGUGGCACUGUCACCCUCCAAUCCACUGUCACUCUUGGAAAACUAUAAAUAUUAAGAGUCAGAAAAUAAACUUCCCUUUUUCUUCACCUUG